ACUGUACACGGAGAUGUCACACGCAUCCUACCAUCACUAGCAUAAUUUACCAAAAGAGAGCUCGAGGGGACAGCUAGCCAACAGAGCAGGAGGAAACCCACUUUUCCUUGAAAUAUUUUGGUGGUUAAUUGUUUCGAUUCUUAUCGGGUGCUCAACAGUGGAUAAGCGGUCAUGUCAAAGAACAUUGAAUUAUUUAUAGGCACGCGCGUCUUGUUGUGUGACAGUAUUGCCCCAAACCCAUUUUGUUAGAUGUGCGUCUUCAACAGUGACUGGCACACAUAGCUUUUUCGGCCAAUGCUUCACUUUGACGACCACGGAUACUUGCUGAUAGGCUAUGGUGCUCGCAGUAUAACCAAUCUUCAGAGGUGGCUUGAUAAUUUUUGCCAUUUGGUUGGCUUCAUUUAAGCCGAUGUGUGUUGGGUGUAUGGGAGAGGAUCCAAAGGACUGAUUUUCGAGGCGUCAAAGGCUUUGGCACUACCUCACCCGGGAGGACGCAUCCUGGCUAACGGUCGCCAUCCUGAAUUGCAUCCUGGCUAACGGUCUCCAUCCUGUACUUGGAUCCUAUAAACCUCCAUGCUGACCACUUCAGAGGAGCGAAGAAGAGGUAGGAUAGCGACCAGGCUACCCAUCGACUGUUUAUGUGAACACAUUGAUCCAGGACCUCCGAGCGAAUAAGGAACCAAAUAUUACAAAUACAAAACAUCCAAUGAUCCGUGUGUGUUGUUGAUUUGUUUCCUGCUCAAGUCAGAGUGUGAGUGAGACGACCACAACCUCAGGAGGCUGAACAGACCACGGUUGCAGAGUGGGUGCAAAUCCAAAGACGAUGGUCCACUGUGCCGGGUGCGAGAGGCCUAUACUGGACAGGUUUCUCCUCAAUGUUCUGGACAGAGCGUGGCACGUCAAGUGCGUACAGUGUUGCGAGUGUAAAUGCAAUUUAACAGAGAAAUGCUUUUCUCGAGAGGGGAAACUAUACUGCAAAAACGACUUCUUUAGGAGGUUCGGGACAAAGUGCGCGGGCUGUUCUCAGGGCAUCUCCCCGAACGACUUGGUCCGGAGGGCAAGGAGCAAAGUGUUUCAUCUCAACUGCUUCACCUGCAUGAUGUGUAACAAACAGCUGUCCACGGGAGAGGAGCUCUACAUCAUAGACGAAAACAAAUUUGUCUGCAAAGAAGAUUAUCUAACCCAUAGCAAUGGGAAAGACACAAAUCUUCUCUCAGUAACAGCAUGUAGCGAUCCAAGUUUAUCGCCAGAUUCUCAAGACCAGUUACAGGACGAUGUAAAGGACACUGAAAUAGCCAAUUUGUCGGACAAAGAAACGGGUAGUAAUGAGAACGAUGGCGAAAACCUUGGCGGUAAACGACGUGGACCGCGAACCACCAUCAAAGCAAAGCAACUGGAGACCCUGAAAGCGGCCUUCGCUGCCACCCCCAAACCCACAAGACACAUCAGGGAGCAGCUCGCGCAGGAGACGGGGCUGAACAUGAGAGUAAUUCAGGUAUGGUUUCAGAACCGGCGGUCUAAAGAGCGACGGAUGAAGCAAUUGAGCGCCCUGGGCGCGAGACGGCACGCGUUCUUCCGGAGCCCGAGGAGAAUGAGAACGCUAGUGGACCGGCUGGAACCAGGGGAAUUAAUUCCAAACGGUCCUUUCUCUUACUACGGAGAUUAUCAGAGCGAGUACUACGGUCCAGGAGGGAACUACGACUUCUUUCCUCAGGGGCCUCCAUCGUCGCAGGCACAGACCCCCAUAGACCUCCCCUUUGUGCCCUCCUCAGGCCCCACAGGCACCCCUCUAGGUGGUAUGGACCAUCCCCUGCCCGGGCACCACCCCUCCAGUGAGGUGCAGCGCUAUUCUGACAUCAUGUCCCACCACCCUGGGGACUCACCCAGCCCGGAGCCAGGCAUCCCGGGGCCCAUGCACAGCAUCUCCUCUGAGGUGUACGGCCCCAGCCCGCCCUUUACCUCACUAUCCCUCAAUGGCAGCGGAUACGGCAACCACCUGUCCCAUGCACCCUCGGAAAUGAAUGAGGGCACCGUCUGGUAGCUCUAGAGAGCGGACUGUACCAUUAAGAGAUUCAAUAGGGGAGGACAGGAGAGUGGACAUGGGUAAGGGCAGGGGUAGGGACACCAGUCAAAUCAUUUUUUGUCAAUCAUAUUUAAUUAUUUCAUUUCCCCAUAUGAUAUUUUUUGCAGGGAAAAAAAAUAUGGCGAAAAACAAAACGUGGACAAUGUGGUUGUAAACAUUUACCUUGGUAUUGUGUUGAUGUUUCGAUUGCUUCUUUCUCUAAACCCGAAUAAAAAGACCGUCACACAUAAAAGACUGUGUGUGACUGUUGACCCUGUGGGCCCUUGGCUGCCCCAGGCCCCUGCUCUCCAUGGCUGUGACCCUUCCUGACUCCUGUCAGUGGCCUAGCACAGCGACGCCCCUCCAAACACACGCCACUGGGAAAACAACUAUUCUGAAAACAAGUAAUAUGUCCCACAUCCACAAAAACAUCAUUAGCUACUGUCAAAGACUCAACAGCUUUACAGAAAAAAGAAGGAAGGGUGGUUGGUCUGAACGCUAACCUGUGCCGCUGGCAUUAGAAGAAGGCUGAAAGGCGUCAGACUCUAUUUAUGGCACUAGACGUGUCCCUUGUAUUUAUUCAAAAGCUCCUCAGACCUCUUUGCCUCUCAAGGCUCUGCCAUAUUGACACUUAAACAACCUUUUUGACACUAAAUAUAUUUCUGAAGGCCAGGGGAAAUACAUUUUUUUCUCUCCAUCUGGACAGUUUCCUUUUCUUGGUUAAAAAAAUCAAACCACCAAAUCUGAAGAAGUUGGCCUUCAAAAGGGAAACAAAAGGCAAAGUUAUAUGGCUUGUGAACCCUUUAUUUAAAUU